AAAAUGAUAGUCUGCAGCUCGAAAAGGGGAUAAAGUCGGAAAGGAAAAUAAAAAAAAAAAUUAAGUUAGCAAACAGUUUCAAACAAUUGCCUUUCCAGUUGAAAAGAAUGAAAAACGUUGAGACACAAAAAAAUGUGCCCAGAAAAAUUGACAGGAAUAUGAGACUUUUUCAAUAACCAUCUAAACAUCGGAAUUCUACAAAGGAUAAUUUCAUUGAUGACAGGUUAUUUUAUAAUGUUGAGCUACUCUACAACUUACUGAUAGAUGCAAGAUGACAGUUACACAAACUUAAACAUAAUAUUCGAACAAAAAUGCCAAAAUGAUUCAAAACAUAAAGAUAUCGACUUUUGUUAUCAAAAGGUCAUUGAAGAUGUUUUGCAUACUAACUGGAGUUGCUGUUAUAACUUGGUCAUUCUCAUAUACAAAACACUCAAGAAGUCAACUUGUCAACUUGAAUGUACUACCAGGAAAGUUAAAAGAAUUCAUUUAUCUCUUAGGUACACUAGGUAGAAGACUAAACGGGGCACUAGGUAGAAGACUUAGCGGGUCACAUUUGCUUUCACUCGACAUAGCAGACAAUCACGAUAUUCCAAUUAUUUUCAUUAUCACACCAACAUAUUACAGACUAGUUCAAAAAGCUGAACUUACACGUAUGGCAAACACCCUGCGACUGGUUAAACAAUUACACUGGAUUAUUGUAGAAGAUUUCGAAGUUAUUAAUUUAAAAACGCAGGAACUUUUUCAAUCAACUGGUUUAUCAUUUACCUAUUUUGCUCAAACAAAAAGAAACACGACAAAGAAUCACAUAAAAGGUGCUGAUCAGAGGAAUGCAGCUUUGGAUUUGAUAAUGGCCAAUCACAAUCCAAGUAUUCCGGCUGUGAUAUAUUUUGCUGAUGACGACAAUACGUAUAGUCUCGAAAUAUUUGAACAGAUGCGAUACACCAAAAAAUUAUCAAUGUGGCCUGUAGGGUUAUCAGGAGGAAGGACGUAUGAAACACCUAUUAUUAAAGAUGGAAAGGUAAUAAAAUUUUUAGCCUGGAAAUCUGAAACAAGAAAAUUUCCAAUUGACAUGGCUGGAUUUGCUUUGAAUGCAAAAGUGCUAUGGACAUACAACCCAAUGAGAUUUAGUACGGAUGCAGAUUCAGGGAUGCUGGAGACAAAACUUUUAGAAAAAUGUUGUGCUGUAGAAGAAAUUGAACCGCUUGCUGAUAAUUGUAGCAAGGUUUUAGUGUGGCAUACCAGAACGCAGAAACCUCAAGUCCGCAUUUUCGACAACUCCUUAGAAGUAUGAUGAGGAUGGUCAAAGUCUAAACCAUGAAAGUCUUAGAUUGCGAGAGACUUUAAUAGAAAACGAAUCAAAAUUUAAAAGUAAUUGCUUUGCCCAUAAUUUUCAUAUUCUUAUUCGGAAAGCUACGCUGGCAAUAGAAAAAAAAUAUGUUAGUUUGUGAAAGUUUUUUUUUGUUAAUUGGCAAACAGUUGUAUCAUUUGUCAAUAAACAUUGUAUAUUUUGCAGUUAAGCUAUAUAAAAGACACGAUAUACAACAGGCUGAUAAAAAAAAACAGUCGACAGUGAAAAUAAUCAGUCGUGGUGGCAAUACAAUUACAACUAGUAGGUCUUCUUUCCUUGUUAAAGGUUGUGGACUUUAUAACUUUAUUUUUCAAAGUGGACAUAUUAUCAAAUAUGAACGAUUUUAAUCAAAAGAUGAAGAAAAAAACUGGUUCUUUACACGAACUGAAGCUCACACAUACCAUGUGGAAAACUAACAUUAACCUGCAUUUUAAUUGACGAAUGGGGACUGUAUACCGGUAUUUAUGCUCAUUUUCUGUUUGUUGUUAUCCAAAUGUUGUUGAUGUUUUGUAUUUUACUGAUUUGCAUUAUUGCAUU